AUGUGUCACACCAGCUGCUCCUCAGGCUGCCAACCAGCCUGCUCCUGCUGUGUGUCCAGCCCCUGCCAGCCAGCCUGCUGUGUGUCCAGCCCCUGCCAGGCAUCCUGCUGCAGGCCUGCUAUAUGCAUUCCUGUGAGGUACCAGGUGGCCUGCUGUGUGCCUGUGAGCUGCAGGCCCACUGUGUGCAUGGCUCCCUCCUGCCAGUCCUCUGUGUGUGUGCCCGUGAGCUGCCGGCCUGUCUGUGUGAGCUCCUCCUGCCAGUCAUCCGGGUGCUGCCAGCCCUCCUGCCCCACCCUGGUCUGCAGACCUGUCACCUGCAGCAAUCCCUCCUGCUGCUGA